GGUGGAUGGAGAUUUCCUUUCGUCAAAGAGUUCUCGAUCUGAAGUUCAUCAGCCUGCUUGUGAAAGUUUUUGCGAAAUUGUGCUACGCCAGCCAUUGAUCUUGUAUUUCCUACCUGCAUUUGACUGACAAGAAAAUCCGCCAGAGAUCAGAUUGGCUGAGUGACAACAUCGGACUGUCUUCUGACUCUUCGGUGCUUGUGGGAGAGACCGGCCCUUGGGCCUCUCUCCCAUUCCCUGUCCCUGAGUGGACUAGCACGCCGUGCCCAUAUCGCGUGGUGUGAUUCGGAGAGCGUAGGCUGUCUGGUUCAAUACCAAUCAGACGAAGUGCGUUGUUGACGGGAAAAAGAAUUUCUUCGCAGUUAGAUCAUCGUGUCAAGCAACAUGCCACUUCCCUUUAACCCACCUCCGCCUCGGUCUCAGCUAACCGAGCUGGAGAAGAAACGCGAAGAGAACAUUCGCCGUAAUGAGGAAAUGUUGAUAUCACUUGGUUUGCUGGCACCCAACGGAUCGUUUUUCCAAGCCAAGAAGCGUUCUAAGCAGCUCUUGAUGGAGUCCGAGAGCGAGUCAAGCGAAGAUGAAGAGUGGACACCACAGGCGGAGUGGCAGAAGAGAAUGAAAAAACAGCCGAGAACCUCAUUUGACGAGGUGGAGAGAUACAAGGCUAAAGCAGCCAAGGCUGGAGCUACCAAGAAACAGCAUGAAGAUGAUGACAACUUGGACCACAGCGUGACGGCAGAUCAAUACCGUGAUGAUGAUGCUGCUGAUGAUGAUCGAGGAGAAAAGGCAGCCAGCAAAAACAAGCCGCUUGUACUUGAACCUGAGGACACACCGAAUUUGGCAUGUCCAAUGUUGAUAAGCCCUGACCCUGCCGACGUGGUGGAAGGUGACACUGUGACAGCUGAAUCAGAGUCCUGUGAUGGUAAGCGUGUCCGCUACCCGAGACGUCAAGCAGCCUCUAAAGUGUCAUACAACGAAGCAGAGUCAGACGAUGACGAGUACAUUUAUUGUGAAGAUUGCGAUGACUGGUUCCGUGGAGAUUGUCCCAACUGCGGACCAUUGCAACCUCUCAACAGUGAAGCAAUGGGUAGCAAACCAGUGCGCAGUCAACACACUUCUCUGCUCAUUCCGCCAGAGAUCAGAAUUGGGAAAUCUAAAAUUGCUGGUGCUGGUAUGGGAGCAUUUGCAAAGACGUUCAUACCGAAGGGCACCCGGAUUGGUCCGUACACAGGAGAGGUGAUUGAAGAGGACGGUUUGAAUCCCGAACGGGACAGCAGCUACAUGUGGGAGAUUGCACCAACAGCAUCUGGGAAGAAACGGUUGGUUGAUGGCAAAUCGGAGAAACAUGCCAAUUGGAUGAGGUUUGUGAACUGUGCUCGUAACGAGGAAGAGCAGAACUUUGUCGCUUACCAGUACAAAGGUGAAAUCUACUAUCGGUCAUUCCGUGACGUUCGGCCGCACGACGAACUUCUCGUUUGGUAUGGCAAAGAGUAUGCAAUGGAAUUGGGCAUUGCAAUGGAGACCGCAUUGUCACUGCAGACAUCUGAGCCAAAGCAAGACGUGCAAAUAGCAGAACCAAAGCCGUUGACGAAACCAAUUAGGAAAGAGGCAAGAAAGAGUGGUCCUGGGUCAGCAUCUAAACAUUCUCCUGUUCAGCUACUCUCACUGCCCGGGCUAAUACGAAAUAGACUACCACCUGCAACAACGCAAGAUAGUACAGGGCAGCUGCCCAAACCAACCAAGAUGAUCCCUGAUCCAGAUAUCAGCAUUUGUUCAAUGAAUGGAAUGGUGGGCAACAGCAGAACUAAUGCAGACAAUAGACUGCAUGUGCUGAAGAGUGAAAUCAAAGCUAUUGUCCAGUUGAAGCCUAGGAAGAAGGAAUUGAAAUGCAAGGCAUGUGGAGUAACCAGCAAAACCACUGAGCAUCAUAUCAAGCAUGGUCAGGGACAUGUUGCUAGCCGUGAUGCUGGGUACAAGUGCCAGUGUAGAGAAUGUGGUGACCUGUUUAGACACCAUAGUAGCCUUCCUAAACACCAAAGAAUACACACUGGAGAGAAGCCAUAUAAAUGCAAUGUGUGUGAUGCAGCAUUCAAGAAUGGUAGUAACCUUGCUACACACCAAAGAAUACACACUGGAGAGCGGCCAUAUAAAUGCAAUGUGUGUGAUGCAGCAUUCUAUGAUCGUAGUGCCCUUUCUAAACACCAAAGAAUACACACUGGAGAGAAGCCAUAUAAAUGCAAUGUGUGUGAUGCAGCAUUCACUCAGAGACCCAACCUUGCUGCACACCAAAGAAUACACACCGGAGAGAAGCCAUAUAAAUGCAAUGUGUGUGGUGCAGCAUUCAAUCAGAGACCCAGCCUUGCUACACACCAAAGAAUACACACUGGAGAGAAGCCAUAUAAAUGCAAUGUGUGUGGUGCAGCAUUCAAUCAGAGACCCAGCCUUGCUACACACCAAAGAAUACACACUGGAGAGAAGCCAUAUAAAUGCAAUGUGUGUGAUGCAGCAUUCAUUCAGAGAUGUGACCUUGCUAAACACCAAAGAAUACACACUGGAGAGAAGCCAUAUAAAUGCAAUGUGUGUGAUACAGCAUUCAAUCAGAGAUCCAAACUUGCUAAACACCAAAGAAUACACACUGGAGAGAAGCCAUAGAAAUGCAAUGUGUGUGAUGCAACAUUCAGUAGAAGUAGUAGCCUUGCUACACAUCACAAGAGAAGGCACACUGACAAGUGAGUUCUGAACCAGAGGAGAGAACCACACUCAUUGUGUUAUCAUCAAGUCUAUGUGAUGAUUGAAUAAGUAAUAUUGAAUAUUGCAGUGAAGAACUGAGAAGAUGACUCGUCAGGAACAAAGGAAAGACUGAACAGCAACAAGAGACAAGCACUGUCAAUUAUGGACACGGAGUGCACACAUCCAUGCAUCGUAUGGUAUGCGUAGUAUGCUGUAAGGUAAUACGCACACACAUGCAAGGAGAUGCAAUGCCAUAAUAACAAACAUGAGAGUGCAAAUAUGUACGAUGUACACGGGUACAAUGUACAAUGUACUAACAGUGUACUCUUGUAACAAAUGGAGCACAUCAGUUGAGCUGAUUGACUAGACUGGUGAAAUGACUGAUCAUAACAAACUGCACACAAUACAUUGGGCAGUAAUGUGACAGAGCCCCCCCCUCUUCCCCUGGAUCCUUCAUUGCAGCAUACCAUCAUAGGAGACAUGGACAGUACAGGGGCGUAGCAGCCGUACCGGCGUUGGCCGUUUUUUUUAACACAAUGCCAAAAGUGCCCAGAAUGCAGGAUUUUGCACCCUAAUUUCAAAUUUUCACGGGGAGACCACCUCCAAUGGCGGUGCUACGCGCCUGCAGUAGCAAAGUAACCAUAUCAAAGUCACCUACCGCCGGUAUGUGAUCACACAUGCAAUCAAAAAACAUUCCCUUGAACUGAAAAGAGUAUAUACCAAUACCCCGCACAAGAUUUCCAAGCAGCUGCUGGAUCUAUUGCUUUGUACCAGCCAACAUCACAGUGUUUUUACUAUGUUGAUUUUUUUAAUGAGGUGCACAUACACAUAUUUACCAUUCCGUAAUUUUGUACACUGAAUUGAUUUUCAGACCACACAAAAUUUUUAAUUUCAUCCUACCUCCAUCAUUUCAGGGUAGUUGCCGCCGAGCGAUUUCAUUCACCAACUUUUCCAUUCAAGUUUUUGAAUUGGCAUUCAAUAUUCAAUCAACCCGUCUGCUGUCUGAUGAGUGUUUGCACGCAAUACUCCAAG